GUCGCGCUCUUUCACGAAUAUAGAAUUGCCGGAAAAACCACAGAAGAAAGCGCAAGCGAGAAGAGGAGAGGAUCAAACUAGACCCAGGACAUCAUCAAAAUGUUGAAAGUGUUGAUAAAGGAGAGACUCAUGGCGGCAGCCGAUGAAAUAUUCGCGCUGUUCGAAAGAACGAUGGCGUCGUACGAGGAGGAACAUUCUCGAACAAGAAAGGCGAAGGAGCAACAGCGACAACAACUAGAGGCCGUUUUUACGACUCAAAGUGCGCUACAAAUCAAAGACGUCCAGCAGAAGAUUGUUCGUCAAGAACAACAUCCACCCUUACCUCGGAAGGGGAGCUCCACUUUGGAGCAGGUGUGUCCACAACCCCCCCACAUUAACGAGGAGGACCUCUGCGUCAUCGGGGAGGAAGAGCGCCUUCUCGGGCCGAAGGAGGCUGAUCUCAGCAAGUUGCCUCUGACUGUUGUCUCUGUGAAGAUAGAAAAGUAUGAAGACGAAUCACAAGCGGACAAGCUCUUAGUGCCGCUAUCGAAUCAUAACCAAAUGUCGUACUCCACUGAUGAGGAAGACGUCAACAACACCCAGGAACCGUUGAGCAGUGAUACGGACUGUAAAGAUGUCCAUCAGAUGAUUGGCCUUCACGAACGCCCCCCUCAAUCACGGGGGGGCAGCUUCACGUUGGAGCAGGAGGAUCAAGAGCCCGCCCACUUUAAAGAGGAAGAGGAUGCCCUUUGGAUCAGUCAUGAUGGAAACCACUGUGGAGGAUCAUAUGACGGGGCCAAGCUACCACAAAGUGCUGCCGAGAAGCAGAGGCGCUAUCGUGCUCGGCGGGAUGCCGACCCGGAGAGGAGAGAGAGAUAUUUAAAGAGAGAAAAAGAAAAAUACAAGACGGACGUAGAAUUAGGCAGGAGGAAACGGAUCAGUGAAGUGGGUAAUAAAGAAAAGCACAAAAGACGGCAAAAGUGGAGAGAGACGUACCACAGGAUCAAGGGCAGGAAAGAAGCGGUGCGUCACCUCAUCACGGCGCCCGGCUAUCACCAGUGCAAGCUGCGGAACCACAACCAAGCACUUCCAGGUCUGCUUCUUUAAAUACAUCCAGUGUAAAAAAAAAUGAGGCAUAAGAGCAGGGGUGUCCAAACUUUUGCCACUGAGGGCCACACACUAAAGAAAUCAGAGCAUGUGGAGCCAUUCUGAUAGUUUUAAUAUUCAAAACCAAUACGAUAUACGGAUUUGUUUGAACCUUCAGGGCUCCCAUCUGCUUUUGUCCCAGGUACUCGCUCAUAAAAAUGUUAAAAAUAAGUUGCUGUUUUACUUUAUUUUCAAAGUUGAAAUCGCUAAAAAGUAAAAUGGGUUAUACUUGUGUAGCGCUUUUCUACCUUCAAGGUACUCAAAGCGCUUUUACACUAUUUCCACAUUCACCCAUUCACACACUGAUGGUGGGAGCUGCCAUGCAGGGCCCUAACCACGACCCAUCAGUAGCAGGAGUGAAGUGUCUUGCUCAAGGACACAACGGACGUGACGAGGUUGGUAGAAGGUGGGGAUUGAACCAGGAACCCUCAGGUUGCUGGCACGGCCACUCUCCCAACCACGCCGCGCCGCACUCUACAUCAAAUCCGUAUCUAUCUGUCGGUUAUAAAUUUGUUCGGUCUUUCUUUGUUUGUUUUAUGCCAUCCAUCCCUCCAUUUUCUACCGCUCGUCCCUUUUUUGGGGUCGCAGCAGGUGAUGGAGCCUAUCUCAGCUGCAUUCGUGCGGACGGCGGGAUACACCCUGGACAAGUCGCCACCUCGUCCCAGUGUUUUACACCUUUUUUUUUUGGUCAAAACUCAUUGUUUUAAGGCAAAAACACAAAAUAUGCAAUAUUUUUCCACAAAAAUUGUUACAAUAUAUAAUGUGACGUAAUUAGAGCGUUAAUUAGGUCAGUAAUUGAUAACAUUUAUCUUAUUUCAUUUUUUUUUAAAACAAUGACCGUUUACUCAGUGCCCUGGUGCUCCUACUCAGUGGCCUAGUGGUUAGAGUGUCCGCCCUGAGAUCGGUAGGUCGUGAGUUCAAAUCCCGGCCGAGUAAUACCAAAGACUAUAAAAAUGGGACCCGUUACCUCCCUGCUUGGCAUUCACCAUUAAGGGUUGGAAUUGGGGGUUGAAUCACUAUAAAGGAUUCCCGGGCGCGGCACCGCUGCUGCCCACUACUCCCCUCACCUCCCAGGGGGUGAUCAAGGGUAAUGGGUCAAAUGCAGAGAAUAAUUUUGCCACAUCUUGUAUGUGUGUGACAAUCAUUGGUACUUUAACUUUGACUUUUUUAACUUUAAAAAGAAGCCCCACAAAAUGAUUGAAAUCAAAAAGGGCCCCAUUCAUCCAUCUAUCCAUGUUCUACCACUUGUCCUGUUCGGAGUCGCAGGAGGUGGCUGGAGCCUAUCUUAGCUGCAUUGGGGCGCAAGGUGGCGUACACCCUGCACAAGUCGCCAUCUCAUCACAGUGUUUUAUGCCUUUUUUGGUCAAAACUCUUUAUUUUAAGGCAAAAACACAAAAUAUGCAAAUAUUUUUCCACAAAAAUUGUUAGAAUAUAUAAUGUGAAGUAAUUGGAGCGUUAAUUAGGUCAGUAAUUUCUAUCAUUUUUUUUAUUUCAAUGUUUUUUUUAAGCAAUGACCGUUUAAAAGGAAGCCCCCAAAAAAUUAUUGGAAUCCAAAGGGCCCCAUUCAUCCAUCCAUUUUCUACCGCUCGGCCUGUUCAGGGUCGCAGGAGGUGCUGGAGCCUAUCUCAGCUGCAUUGGGGUGGAAGGUGGGGUACACCCUGGACAAGUCACCAUCUCAUCACAGUGUUUUAUGCCUUUUUUUGGUCAAAACUCUUUAUUUUAAGGCAAAAACACAAAAUAUGCAAAUAUUUUUUCCACAAAAAUUGUUAGAAUACAUAAUUUGAUUGGAGCGUUAAUUAGGUCAGUAAUUUAUAUAAUUUAUUUUAUUUCAAGUUUUUUUAAACAAUGACAGUUUAAAAAAAAGCCCAACAAAAAUGAUUGGAAUCCAAAGAGCCCCUUUCAUAAGUGUUAAAAAUAAUUCGUAGAUACUUUUUUUCAACUUUUAAUGCUAUUAUUUUUUUCAUGUUUUUUAGUGCAUUUUUUGUUUAAAGAAAACUUUGUGUUAUAUGGCAAACACACAAAAUAUGCAAUAUUUGUCCCCAGAUAUAUUUCAAAGUGGAAAUAUUUGAUGUGAAAAAAUUGAAGCCCUGAAUAGAUUAAUUAUUUAUAACACAACGAUUUAGAUUUAUUAUUUUUUGUGCAAUGACAGUAAAAAAACAAAACAAAACAGCCUGCAUGGGAGUCUUGUGUUAUUCGAGUAAACAUUGCACAUUGUUCUCGUUACUUUUCACCUGUUAGCUCUUUUAUUCCACUUUGUGUUUUUCUAAUGGUAUUUUUAGAAUGUUCCUGAGCCACAUUUUGGACACCCCGCAUUAGAGCAUGUGUGAUUUUUGUGAUGUAACAAUGUGUGGCUUAUUGUUUUGUUUGUUUUUUUGUAUUUGUUUUAAGCAAUAUAAACAGCGACGGACAAAUGUAUUGGAAUUUUCCAGGAAAUGAUGGAAAUAUGAGAACAAUGGAAACGUUAACUACACCAACAAGAGGAAGCGGAACAACAGUUUCACAUAGUUUGAUGAGCAGAGUGUAAGAAACUCAAAAACCAAAAACUGUCGCUUUAGGACACAGUAGAAAGUUUGCAUGAAGUUUUGGAUUUAAGACCAAAGUUACUCUCUGUUUGUUCCGACCUUUUUCGGAUCGUUCAACCAAGUUUUGGUAUACGGAGACACGCACACGGUCUAAAAGGAGGUAUCAGAUAUGUUACUGAUGCACACUUAAGUCCAAAAUUGUCUUUCAUGGCUUAAUGCAGGUGUGUCAAACUCAUUUUAGAUGGGGGGCCACGUGGAGAAAAAUAUACUCCCAAGUGGGCCGGACUGGUAAAAUCACGGCACGAUAACUUCUAAACAGAGACAACUUCAGAUUGUUUUCUUUGUUUAAAAAUAGAACAAGCACAUUCUGAAAAUGUACAAUAAAGGAUGUUGUUGAGUUUUUUAUUACA